AUGGACGACGAUGAUGAUUUCGGUGCAGAUGCAGAUUUUCUAACAGCUCUCGCACAAACCCCCGUUUUAGCUUCACCUGCAACCCGCGUUCAACAACCUACCCCGCAACGCGUUCAACAACCAACUCCACAACGUCUUGAUCGCGCACCACCAGCGAAUGCCUCCUCAGGUCCCAAAGUUGUUCAACCAACACCACAAGCGAUUGCAUCGAGAUCUUCUGGUUCAACGAUCCAAGUAUCACUGCGACAGAAAGGCAACCCAAUACUGACAAAUCUUAAAUCCUUUCCAUGGGAAUACUCGGAUAUUCCAGCAGAUUAUGUCCUUGGAGCAACAACAUGCGCACUCUUCCUAUCACUCAAAUACCAUCGAUUACAUCCCGAAUACAUAUACAAUCGAAUAAAGGGUUUACAGGGUAAAUACAAUCUACGAAUACUUCUUACAAUGGUUGAUAUUGGGAAUCACGAAGAGAGUUUGAAGGAAUUAUCAAAGACAAGUUUGGUGAAUAAUGUUACCGUCAUGUUAUGCUGGUCUGCUCCGGAGGCUGCAAGAUAUCUUGAGUUAUAUAAGAGUUAUGAACAUGCAAAUCCUAGUGCUAUCAAAGGUGUUGAAAGUAAGAGUUAUGGAGAUAAAAUGGUAGAUUUCAUCACAGUCCCAAGGAAUAUUAAUAAAACGGACGCUGUCGCAUUAGUUGAUGCAUUUGGAAGUAUUAAGAAUGCUAUCAAUGCAAGACCAGAGGAAAUUGCUGUUGUUAAUGGUUGGGGAGAGAAAAAGGUCAGAAAGUGGUGUGGGAUUGUUGAUGAACCAUUUAGAGCACGAAAGGCAGCCCGCAGAGGUUUGAGUAGUAGGGAAACAACGGAAAAUAGUGCAGAGAGAUUAGAAGGAGUUUUAGAUCGUGCUAUACCUCUUAGUCGUGUUCCGUUGAGAGAAAUGAGCUCUUUAGGAGAAAAAUCUACUGACUCGUCACAUCGGAGUCAAAGUCUUGCAAAGGAAAGACAAGAUGAUUGCACAACAGGCGAUGACGAUGAAGAAGCGUUAAUAUUAGUCGCUCAGCAAGAAGAAGAUAGAUUGGCCCGAGAGAAGAGAAAAGAGAUGGCGAGAAAAGAUGAUGAACUUAGUGGAGGAGUCGCCGCAGCUUUAGCAAAGUUACGUGAAGAAACACUGAAAUAUUUGAAGAUUAUAUUCUAUUACCAUUUCUUCAUCUACAGUGGUGUAUGUCUAACCCGUUAG